AUGUGGUGGGGGCAGUUCUCUUUCACAGGGACGUGGAUACACCCUGAGGCAGCUGCAGUUGUGGGAGCACUGGACCUUGGAGGAGCCUCGACCCAGAUAACCUUUCACCCUGGUCAGACCAUUGAGGACAACAACACCGAAGUCCUCUUCUGGCUGUAUGGGACCAACUACUCGCUUUAUACCCACAGCUACCUUUGCUACGGAGAAAACCAAGCCUUGAAGAAGCUGAUUGCAUCCCUCAGAGAGGAGAACCUCACCUCUCAGCAGAUCUCCCACCCGUGCUACCCUAGGGGAUAUGAGGAGAACGUCACUGCCGCUGCCCUGUAUGACAGUCCCUGCGUCCCGGCACCAGCUGCACACGACCCCAGGCAGAUCCUCACGGUGCGGGGGACAGGAGCCCCAGCGGAGUGCAGGAAUGCCGUCCAGAAACUCUUCAACUUCACAGCCUGUGGGGCCAACAGGACGUGCGGGUUCAAUGGGGUCUACCAGCCACCGGAGCAUGGGCAUUUCUUUGCCUUUUCCGGAUUUUAUUCAGUCUUCCACUUUCUGAACCUGACCAGCGAGCAUCCCUUGAGUGACGUCAGUGCCACCAUCGAGCACUUCUGUGCUAAGGACUGGAAGGAGGUGCAAAUGGUGGAUCCUGGCGUGAACAAGACCCGCCUUCAGGAUUACUGCGCUGCCAGCACCUACAUUCUCACCCUCCUGCUGCAAGGCUACAAGUUUGACAACCAGACAUGGAGCAACAUCCAUUUCCACUGGCAGGUGGCUGCUGUGGAUGUGGGCUGGAGCCUGGGCUACAUGCUGAACCUCACCAACACGAUCCCCUUGGAGGCUCCCAACCGAGUGAAGGGGCAGCGGCCUGACCUGUGGGCAGCGGCCGUGGUCACCACCUGCCUCAUGCUGGCCAUGAUCCUGUGGACAGGCCUGGCUCUGUGCUAUAAGUGGCCCCUUGCCACCUAUGAGACUAUGCUGUAGCUGGCCAGUGCUCCUCAGGCUGGGGCCCUGCUGCCAUCAGGAGCCACACGUGGCUUUCCCCAGACAUCAUGCAGUCCUGUGUGUUAGACGUUCGUGGCCUUACAACCCAGUGCCCCUACUUGCAGCUGGAGGCAGGGUCUGGGAGAGAAACCCCUCCCCAGGGAGGGUAGGAACAUUGGGUUUGAAGGACAAAUGGCAUCUGUUGGCAAAUUGGUGACACUUUUCAGUCUAAUCUCAGCCCUGUGAGCUGUGCUGGCUUCCUGCUCUCCCGCAGCCCCCUUUCCAGUCAGCAAGUCCUGGUGUGCAAACAAAGUCUAUCCUGAGGAGGUGCUGCUGCCUCCUGCAGAGCCCAGUUGGGUGUGUGUGUGUGUGUGCGCCAUGGCCUACUGGAUUUGGGGGGCAGGGGAAGCUGGGGCUGGUGAGGCGGGAAGCAUUGGCUAGAGUGCCAGGAGACUCCAGGGCAAGGCGGAGGGAAUGGGAGUGUGAGUCUCCUCCUGGUCCAGGGAGCACCGGCUGAUAUAUUUGGAAGUGUCUGGAUGCAG